AUGGAGAGUGGUCUGAUAUCAGUGGAUCGAUGGAGAAAUGGGAGUCAAGCCUACUUCUUGACUCAUAUGCACUCCGAUCACACGCGUGGCCUCUCCGGCGACUGGUCACAGGCUCCUCUCUACUGUUCCCGCACCACCGCCUCUCUCUUUCCCUCCCGAUUCCCAGGAUUCGACCUCUCAUUGCUUCGCGUCGUCCCUCUCUCUUCCUGGACAUCUCUCUCCCUUCGCUCUCCUUCCUCCGGCUCCACCGUCCGUCUCCAUUUCAUGGCCAUCGACGCUCACCACUGUCCUGGUUCCGUGAUGUUCUUGUUCCGUGGAGAUUUUGGAUGUUUUCUUUACACUGGAGACUUUCGUUGGGAUGCUGAUGCUGCAGAUGACGCUAGAAAUACUCUUGUUGAUGCUAUUAAUGAAUCUCCAGUUGAUAUUCUCUACUUGGAUAACACUUACUGCAACCCAAUUUACAGCUUCCCUUCUCGUCAAGUCGCAGCGAAUCUGGUUGCUGAUAUAAUCGCAUCUCAUCCUUCACAUGAUAUCAUCAUAGCAGUUGAUUCUUUGGGGAAAGAAGACUUGCUUGUUCAUGUUUCUCGUAUUCUCAAUAUCAAGGUUUCUUAUUGA